UGCAAAGAGAGAAUAUUCCCGCCGACGAGCAAACUACAUCUAGACAGGCUGAAUGUGGCUGAUCUUAGUCGCAGGAGAUGGAUACUGGAGCACGGUACACGGGACCAAUGUUCGCCGCCAUGCUGAAAGUUGAAAGAAGCCAAGCUCCAGUUUCGUACAUAAAACCGCUCUAACGAGCUCCGACACAUUAGUCGCAUGUAAUACUGCCCAAUUUUUACUACAAAUAUUCAUUAUAUUCUUAAAAUAUCUUAUAUUUUACACUUUGAAUUUAAGUCGACUAAAACAUUCACAUUCACGUUGCAUCACCGUAUCACCAUCACAAUCGUUCAAGAUCGAAUUGAGGUACGUAGUACUACUUUCGAGCUUUCAGAAACCGCGAACGUUCUCGAAAAUACUCGCCCACGUGUCGGCGUGCUCUUCGAACCAACUUUGCAUUCGAGUCUAAUUGGUAAGUGCUUGUUUUCCACCUUUUUCUUUUUCGUAGCUUAUGACGUGUGUUCUUGUGUGUGCAGGCAGCGUGCAUCAGAAAAAGGAACGUGUGUGGCUCCUUGCAGACACGUGCUCCGCGCGUUGAAUUGGUUGAAAGACCCUCGAGUUUUCGCUAGGAAGUCCUGGAAGCGAUCUGUCACACUGAGUGAACAGCAAGAUUGCAGAAACGCGGCCAAAGGCAAAGGUCCCACCAGAGGCAGCGAGGGCCGAGCGGGGCACUUGUGUUCCUCACCGACCCUACUUCAAUACAAGCGUUGUGCAACAGACAGAAUCACAGGCAACUGGGCGGCACAUUGCUACUUCCAUUAAAUGGGUUGUACUUGGAUCAAUCAUCGAUGAACUGCUGUCGAAUCUGUGGCCGUCGUUUUUCCACGUUGGUGGACUACUUUAACACUGCAGAUUUCACAGAAGCAUAACAUGUGGUGCUUUGUGCCCUGCAUCAAGCUGUGGUGCGAAAUUCAAAAGCUAUGCAACUUUCAUCAGCCAUUUCAACAGGGCACACAAACAAAGUCAGGUGUCUUCGGAAACCAGACUGUUAAUAUACCCAGUAGCAAAAUGUGCCCAACAAGUAGCAACACGAUCAAGGAUGAUCUCUCAUAUUGCUGACCACUUGAAGUUGGGAAAAGAGCCCAUUGUGUGCCCUUUCACUGGGUGCAUCAGCAAGAUCAGCACGCGAAAUGCCUCUAGAAUGCAUGUUUCACGCUAUCAUCAUCCACAAAAGGACACUUUGGAGCUCUGCCAUACUGUACAGGACGAUCCAACAGCCCACAUCUCCGAAGAUCAUGCCUCGCUAGACGUUGAUUAAGAAAACCUUGAAGAGCCCUAUGACCCAAGUGCCUUGCUGAACAUUUCUGAGCAAAACCCUGAGGAGUCCCAUGACCUAAGUGCCGUACUGGACAUUGUUGAAGAAAGCAGCCAUGAAGAGCCCUGUGAUCGAAGAGACGUCUCGGAUCAUGAACUUUUUAGAGACAACGCGGCAUUGUUUUUCCUCCGAUUAGAAGCCCAGCAUCAUGUCCCUGCAGAUACGGUUCAGUAUAUUGUGAAUGAAGUCGACAACCUCCAAAAGCUUAGUCAGAAACUGAUGGAAGAAGAACUUGCCAAAAUCCUUCCUAGUGAUACACUAGAAUUAGUGCUUUGUCAUUUUAGGAACAAUGACCUGGAUGCUGUGACAUCAUGUAGUCUGAAAUCAUCGUACCUGAGACACAAGUAUUUUAAGAAACGUUUUCACUUUGUAAAGCCAGUUCAGAUUAAUCUUGGCACCAACAAGCAGAACUUCCCUUCUUUUUUCCACUAUGUGCCUGUGCACGAGUCGAUAGUUUUGUUGAUGUCCAACUCGCCCCAGGAACCUUAUAGGUCACAUCAGUUCAAUGAAUGUUUCGCUGACUUUACAACGUGUAAACAAUUUCAGCCCUCUGACGAUGUUAUACAAGUCAUCUUAUAUCAAGAUGAAUUUUAAUUGUCAAAUCCAUUGGGGUCUGCAAGAGGAAACUUUAAGUUAUUGGGUGUGUAUUUGACACUUGGUAAUUCGCCGCAACACUGUAGGGCUCGUACCGAGAGUAUGCAGCUUGUGUUGCUUGCUCUUCAAAAAAAUGUAAGAGAGUUUGGAUUGAAGAAAAUUCUUCAACCAUUGAUUGACGAUCUGUGCUACCUAGAACGUGUGGGUCUGGAGAUCAAAGGGAAGCCUUACAGAGUGCAGCUGUGCUUCAUUGUAGGGGAUAAUUUAGGGAGCAAUGCGGUCGGUGGGUUCACGCAAAAUUUUAGCACGUCUGCAUAUUUUUGCAGAUUUUGCCUAGCUACUCGUUCACAAUUUCAUGAAGACGCAACCCUGGCAGGUGAAAGGAGGUCUGUGGAAAACUAUGAAAUUGCAUUACACAUCACGACGAAGAAUGUGGCAUGUAUGGUGUUGUGAGCGACUCGCCUUUUAACGUGCUAAGCAGCUUUCACGUAUGUCAAGCUGGCUUGCCGCCAUGCAUUGGUCAUGAUAUGUUUGAGGGUGUAGUUCAGUAUGAUCUGCCCUUGUUCAUUAGGUACUUUGUGCACAAAGGGUGGUUUUCUUAUGACUACUUAAACAUAAAGAUUAUGGCUCUGAAGUACAGUGCACGGGACCUGAGAAACAGGCCAUGUAAGGUGAGUAGCAAGGGCGAUAAGCUUGCAGGCCACGCCAUGCAGAACUGGACGUUCCUGCGGCUGCUGCCGCUGUAUGUAGGGGAUAAAGUGAUUGAUCUAAGCAACUCUGUGUGGCAGUUAAGUCUUGAGUUAAUGAGAGUAAUUGACUUGCUAAUGGCACCCAAAAUAACGUACGCACAGGUUGCUUACCUCAAGGUCUUAAUCCAGACGUACCUCAGCAACCGUAAAGCGUUUUUUCCUGAUGUCAAACUGAGGCUGAAGCAUCAUUAUAUGUUGCACUAUGGUGACCUCAUCCAAGAGUUUGGCCCAUUGUGUCUAGAAUGGACACUCAGAUUCGAAAGAAAACACCAGUACUUCAAAUAUUGCAUUCGUUUGACAAAAAAUUUUAAAAAUGUGACCAAAACACUAAGCGAAAGGCACCAACUCUUUCAGGCGUUUCCGACUUCCCGCGGUCUGUUUCCGCCAGAUGUCGAGCUUCAUGGUGCGAAAGCUCACGAACAGCCAGAUGAAGUGUCUGAACUUUCUCAUGCCUUUGAAGGUGUAGAAUCAGUAAGAAAUCUGACAUUUUACAAAAAGGCUGUCGUAAAGGGAACAACUUAUGUAAUUGGUGACUAUGUCCUCAUUUCAGGCAAUCACUUCUACAUAAUCUUUGGAGUUGUGACUAGCAUUACAUCCAAUGCAUCGGGAGAGAUAGCAUUUCCGCUUCGAUGUGUCCCAGCUACACUCUUGCCGGCUAUGUGCUUGUAUAGCCUUCAGGAUCCAACUGGAGACGUAGUUCUUGUCAAUCAAGAAAAGCUUCUUGGUUCUACAUCUUACCGGCCAUAUUCGCUUGGCCACAGUAAAGUUAUAAGACUUCCUUUUGCGUUUCCAGAAAAUUUCUGAAUGUUCCUUUGUUAUUGCUUGGUUUAAUAAAACAAGAAGGGA